AUGCCUUCCAACAGCGCCGCCUGGAUCACCGAGGCCAAAAAGGUCCCUUUCGAAGUCAAAGAAGCUCCUCUGUGGACCCCUAAGGAGAAUGAAGUUCUCGUCAAAAACCACGCCAUUGCCAUCAACCCUGUCGAUGGCAGUGUCCAGCAGUUCGCGUAUCUCCCACUCGAAUAUCCAUCGAUCCUCGGCACUGAUGUCGCAGGAGAAGUCGUCGCUGUUGGACCAAACGUCACCCGCUGGAAGGAAGGUGACCGCAUCAUUGGUCACGGUUUGGUUCUCUGGAAUCUAAAACCAGAAGGUGCGGCGUUCCAGAACUAUACUAUUGUGGCGACCAACAUGGCGUCUGAGAUUCCGGCGAAUGUCGCGUUUGAGGAUGCGGUUGUACUUCCUCUCUGUCUCUCGACGGCUUCGACAGGUCUUUUUCAUGAGGAUUAUCUCGGUUUACAGUUGCCUACGUUCCCAGCCCAGAAGCCCGUCGGCAAGACUCUCGUUAUCUGGGGUGGCGCCUCUUGUGUCGGUAGUAAUGGUAUUCAAAUAGCCAAAGCUGCAGGUUACGAGGUUGUUACCACCGCAUCAGCCAAAAACUUUGACUACGUCAAGAGCCUAGGCGCAGAUGUAGUUUUUGACUAUAACUCCCCUACUGUUACCAAGGACAUCCUCACCGCCCUAACCGGUAAGACUCUGGCUGGUGUUCUCGACUGCAUCGGCUUUUCCGCAACACCGCACUGUCUCGAAAUUGCCGAGAAAGCCGAAGGAACCAAAUUCGUGGCUACUACCAAGCCUCGCUUCCCUACUCCACCUGAAGGUGUUGAGAUCAAGCACAUCCGCGGUGAUCUUCUCGUUACAAAUUCGUUGGGAAAGUCGAUCUACGAGGACUUUUUGCCAAAAGCGUUGGAGGCAGGAUCGUAUGUGGUGGCCCCAAAGCCGACUAUCAUUGGAAAGGGAUUGGAGCGUGUUCAGGAUGGCAUCCAUGCGAUUAUGAAGGGUGUUUCUGCGACUAAAAUUGUUGUUACUUUGUAA